AUGUCGUCCAAGGAAGUCGAUGCCGAGAAGGCCAUCGCCGCUCAAGACGUCGAGAAGUCGGAAAAGACCCCCGCCUAUACCCAGGUCGAGCUUCACGGUCUGUCUGGAGACAAUCCCGAUGGAACCGUUCAUCGGUAGGUUCUCUCUCUCGUUCCAGCUCGGAGCACAGCCGACUGACCACUGCUGCCCAUCAUGUCAUUCUGCUGUGCACUCUACCAGCGAUCUGAAAGCAAGGUGAGAUCUGAGAUCGACUAGAAUUCCGCCUCGCCCCCACGCCAAUCCGGCGCGCGCCGCCACUGCUGGGUCCCGACUGGCCGAAAGAUAAGCCAAUCGGCGUUGGGCUGGCGCGCGGGCGGAUGCUGAUUCAGUGGGCGGAAAGCCUCAUUGCUGUACACAAGGACGACAGCGCGGUGCUCAGAAGUGGUGUACUGACGAUGUGUGGCUGGCUUGGUGUUCUUUGCGGUCCGAUAGGCACUUGCAGAUGAUCGCUCUCGGUGGCAGUGAGUCUCGGAAUCGCUUUUCCCACUUAGUCCCGGUCUAGCCCUGGCCGCCCACGCACUUGGCUGACGUCGCUCCUCUCUGCUUCUCUCUCGCCUUCCGCUGGGACCGCCCUUCUCCUUUCGUGAUGCUGUUAUUGCGUCCGAACGUGUCCCCCCACUUGCAGCCAUCGGUACGGGUCUUUUCGUCGGUGCGGGAGGUGCUCUCGCCACCGGUGGACCGUUGGGUAUCUGGCUCGGCUACACCAUCAUGGGUCUCGUCGUUUACUCGAUGAUGACCGCGCUCGGCGAGAUGUGUACGCUCUACCCCGUCUCGGGUGCCUUCACCCAUUACGCCGCCCGUUUCGUCGACCCCGCCCUCGGUUUCGCCCUCGGAUGGAACUACUGGUACUCGUACGCCAUCACACUCCCGACCGAAAUCACCGCCGCGGCCUUGGUCAUCCAGUUCUGGGAAGGCGGCAGGAACAUCAACGUCGCCGUGUGGAUCUCGGUCUUUUUGGUCACCAUCAUGUCGUUCAACUUUUUGGGCGUCCGCGCCUAUGGUGAGGCCGAGUUCUGGUUCACCGUCAUCAAGAUCAUCACCAUCCUCGGUCUGAUCUUGUUGGGCAUCAUCAUCACCGCUGGUGGUGCCGGCAGCCCUGCCAUUGGCUUCCAGUGAGUGCGAGCCAGAGAGCCGGACGAGUCGGCGCCUUGCACAGUGGACUGACGAUUACUUCCUCCCCCACGCCACAGAUUCUGGAAAAAUCCCGGUCCUUUCCAGCAAGAGAACGGUAUCCCCGGCUCGUGGGGUCAGUUCUUGGCCUUCUGGACCGUCUUCGUGCAAGCCGCCUUCUCCUACCUCGGUACCGAAAUCGUAGCCUUGACCGCUGGUGAGGCCGAGAACCCGCGCCGCAACAUGCCCAAGGCGAUCCGACGUGUCUUCUACCGCAUCCUCUUCUUCUACGUCAUCGGUGUCUUCAUCAUGGGCUUGAUCGUCUCGCCCAACGACCCCGGACUUUUGCACAACACCGGUACCGCCGCCUCACCGUGGGUCAUUGCCAUCCGCAACGCCGGUAUCCCCGUCCUCCCUUCGAUCGUCAAUUCGGUCGUGCUCAUCUCGGCCUUCUCGGCUGGUAACUCGGAUCUCUACGCUGCUUCGCGUACGCUCUACGGUCUCGCUUGCGACGGCAAGGCCCCCGCCUUCUUCCGCAAGUGCACCAAGAACGGUCUUCCCAUCUGGUGCUUGAUCGUCACCGCGGCUGUUGGUCUUUUGGCCUACAUGAACGUCGGCACUUCGUCCGCGACCGCUUUCAACUACUUGUCCAACAUCUCGUCCAUCACCGGUCUGCUCACUUGGGGCACGAUCCACCUCAGUUUCCUCCGCUUCUACUACGGGUGCAAGCGCCAGGGCAUCGACCGCAACACGUUCCCCUACGUCGCUCCGUUCCAGCCUUACUCGAGUUACUUCGGCAUCACCUUGGUCACGCUCGUCAUCAUUUUCAACGGCUACACCAUCUUUUUGCACGGCAACUGGAACACGACCAACUUCGUCAUUUCGUACAUCACCCUCGUCAUCUUCGCGGUGUUGUUCGUGUUCUGGAAGUUCUGGCGCCGCACCCACUUUGUCACACUCGACCUCAUGGACUUCCAGACCGGUCGUCGUGAGCUCGACGACAUCGCCGAAUCCGAGGCCGCCAAGUUCAAGGAGCCCACCACCUUUGGUGGCAAGCUGUGGGAUGCUAUCUUCUAA